UCCACGGUGGGCCAGCUCGGCGGGUUGCACCGAACUAUCUCCUCCGUGUCGCUCGAUUUCGCGGCUCUCGAUAAAAAGACGUCAUCCGUUGAAUCGUCGUCCUUGGAUUCCGUCUUCCGUGAGGAUACGAGGAAGGGGACGGAGGGCUAAAACUCGGGUAUAUACCUGAUAUAUUCGGUAUUUGUGAUCGUGUAGGGGUGAUCGUUUGGUCGGGCCAGUGGUGAUUCUCGAGAGUAACACGCAGGUAGAAGGAAGAAGGGGAACGGGAAGGUGAUACGGCCGAAGGGAGGCCGAGGAUGUUUCAGUGCUGAUCGGUCUACGGCCCCGUACGCGAGAGUGCUGCGUGCCGAUUAAUUGUCGCAGGUGGUGGCCGAUGGUUGAUGAGUGUGGGUGAUGACAGAUGUGUUUUGUGACCUGCUUCUGAGAUCGCGUGCUCGCGCGUUCACCGCGAGACAACCACGAGACCGGUGAAUAGGCGAAACCUAGCUCGGAUAAACAACAGGGGGAAAAAUGUCCGGAGCUACGAGGAUUCAUCGGCUGCUGGGGGUCUUGCUCUGCUAUCAAGCUUUCAGCUACAGCUUGAUACUGGAGGAAGAGAAGGAGCCGAAUUAUCUUAACGCAGGCGUUGGAGAAUACGCGGUGUUCAAUUGCGAUUUGGACUUUCCGCACGAGACACCGAUCCCGUACAUUCUUCAGUGGAACCGCGACGGUCGAACGAUCUUUUCAUGGUAUAACGGACAUCCGUCGGUCGGUCUAGGCUACGACGGACGCGUUCAUCUUUUAGAAGACGCGGUUAACCGGGGAUACGGCCAAGGUAGCAUCAAUCUCACGAACAUCCGCGAGAGCGACCAAGGAUGGUACGAGUGCAGGGUGAUCUUCCCCAACAGGACGCCCAAUUCCAGAAACAAUGGAACCUGGUUCCACCUCGCCAUAGAUGGUGCGUCGCCGUUUGGGACGUCUGUUCCAGGUGAAAAUUGGCUGACGAUCCCGCCUGUGAACGAGACUAUCAUGGAGGGAGAGUCGGUCAGCUUCGAUUGCGUCGCCAAAGGGGAAAAGUCCGUGGUGAACUGGUUCCGCGAGGGCACAGAAAUCUCGAUGAUCGAGGAUUUCAAGAGAAGGGCGUCCGUCUCCAAGGAUGGAACGUUGACCAUCAACUCAGCCGCCAUGGGAGAUCUCGGAGAAUACACCUGUGUGGUGACCGGCGAGACUGGGGAGAAACAGAGUGCCUCGGCUUUUCUCAAUGUGCAGUUCAAGGCGAAAGUUAUCUACGCUCCCCGGGAAGUCUACCUUCCAUACGGAAAACCAGCCCUUCUGGACUGUCAUUUCAGGGCGAAUCCACCCAUGACGAACCUACGUUGGGAGAAGGAUGGGUUUCUCUUUGACCCGUACAACGUUCAAGGAGUGUUCUACAGGAGAAACGGUUCUCUGUCUUUCAGUAAAGUGGACGAAACCCAUUCUGGAAGCUAUACCUGCACACCGUACAAUGAACUGGGUACCGAAGGACCCAGUCCAACCAUCACGGUGAUCGUUGAAAGGCCGCCAAUAUUCACGGUGACACCUCAGAAUUUGUACAUAAGGAAAUUGGGCGGGACUGUGGAGAUUCCUUGCGACGCCAGGGAUGGUGACCAAUCCCGUCGACCGUCGAUCGUCUGGUACAAGGACGGCUCACCGAUUUCCCCCGAGAGGACCAUCAUAAUCGGUGGCAAUUUAACUAUCGAGAGGAUUCAAGAGGAAGACAGAGGACUGUAUCAAUGCGCUGCUAGCAACGAGAUCGCGACGGUAGUUGCAGACACGGAAUUAAUGGUCCUGAAUGUUCCACCGCGAGCACCGUACAAUCUGAGCGCCAACAGUACCAAUCACGCUGUCACAUUAACCUGGGUGCCGGGAUUCGUGAGACCAAAGACGGAGUAUUCCGUCUGGUACAGACCUACCGACACCACGGAAUGGAGAACGAUGAAAAUCCUGUCGAGAAAGAUCACCGAAGCGACCGUCAAUAACUUGAACCCAGGACGGGAGUACGAGUUCAUGGUGCUCAGCCAGGACAAACACGGCGACGGGAUGUUCAGUAAAACAUUACGAAUCUUCACACAGCCACAUCUAAUCGACGAGAACUCUGCAUCGGAGUACCGUAGCCCACCAGACGAGAGAAUGGGCCCGCCAGUAAACGUGAGGGUACAGGCGACUGUAGAGGGAUACUUGGUUACCUGGGAGCCUCCUGCUUACGGAAAAGAACAAGUCAGACUUUACGGCGUUAGAUGGUUCCGUGGACCGUCCGAACGACUCUAUGGGAGAGCGGAAACGACCGACACUUACUACCUAGUGAAAACUCUGGAGGAGGAGAGUUACUAUACGUUCGAGGUGGCCGCCGUGUCGAUCUCGGACGACAUCGCGACGAGCGAGCGUAUCAGCCUCGAGGUGCCAGCCUACCGUAGGAACCGUGCGAUUUCCAUGGGAAUCGUGGCUGGGAUUGGCUUUUUGGCGGCGGCCCUGGCCGCCAUAUGGUGGGCAAGGAAACGUUUCUGUCAGUCGCCGAACGAGAAAUAGAAGAGUAAUCUCGUGGUCGAGCUUACUUAGCGACGAGCCACGCGUGUAUAUCGUACACGUUGGUACGGCCAGCCGCAAUAAACUUCCCUAACGUAGACGUUAUCGAUAGCCCGAUAGAGCGCGAGGAGUUUCGGUUCGUGAUUUGCAAGUCGAUGUCGCACGAACUUAUAAUCGUUACGAUUACGUAUGUACGUAUGUAAUAUAAUAUCGAUCGCGUAGACACAGAGAAGUAGACGUGUGGAAGGACGAUGAGAACCGAGAUGGAGCAAUUCGGCGCGAGGAAUUUCUAUUUGGGACGGUUUAAUUUACUCCGUUUACGUACAUAUAAGUUACUACGAGUGUUCUUGCAUUGCAUCGUUACAUUAUGUAUCGUUUAAAAGCUUUAUUAGAUAAGUGCACGUUUAUUAAGGAUUAGUUCUGGCAUUUGAUCGUUGUUCGGGUACCAGGCUGCGAGAGACGCGAGGCGCGAGUUUAUUUAGCGGAGAAAAUAGCGACGCAUCUCGACAGCUGGGAACUAGCUCGGUUGGGACUAUCUAUAUGUAUACAUCCGAUACGUUUUUCUAUUGUAAAUAAAUUGUGUCGAUUA